CUCGCGGGAAGCGGCGAGGCGUUGGGGUGGCUCGGCGGGAGUCUGGGAGAGCAGCCGACAUGGAGAAGCGGGGCCGGGGCCCGGGUGGGAAGUCGCCCUCUAACCCGGCGCCUCAGCAGCCGCCGGUGACGCCUCGGAGAGAGAGGAGGCCUAGCAUGUUCGAGAAGGAGGCAUAUGCACAGAUUUUAAGAGAAAGACUGCGAGAAUCCUUUCACGACGUUCAGUACGUAGAGCCUCCGUUUGAAGACUCAGCUGCUGAUGUGGGGAAGGAAUGGAAGAGCGCCCUGGCGAAGUUAAAGUUUGCUAACUCGUAUCGAAUGGAGCCAUUGAAAAAAUUCCAGGCUCAUUCAGUAGAAACCAAAGUCCAGCAGGUACUAAAGGAAAGCCUUAAAGAUGUCAAAUACGAUGAUAAAGUCUUCUCUCAUUUGUCGCUUGAAUUAGCAGACCGAAUAUUGUCAGCGGUCAAAGAAUUUGGGUACUAUCGUUAUAAGUUCAUUAUAAAAAUCUUAUUUAUUCAAAAGACGGGUCAGGCAAUCAACGUUGCCAGUAGAUGGAUCUGGGAUGUCGCAUGGGACAGCUGGGUGGCUGUGAAACACGAAGCAGAAACCUAUGUAGCCCUGGCCUUGGUGUUCGCACUUUAUUGUGAAUAGCUUGUUACGUGGGCUAAAGGACAUUUGCUUCUCAACUUUUCAAAAAUACAUGAAAUCUGUAGAUUUGUGAACCUCAUAGUAGUUUUGAUUAGCUAUAUUUUUAUCUCCAAUUGCAGCUUCUUAAUUGUAUUCUUUUUCACAACAAAGUAAAUGCUGGAUUUUUCCCUUCACACUUACUAGUUAUCAUAUUUACUAACGUUGUAUUACCCAAAGUAUAGACGUCUAAGAGGUAUGCUUACAUGCUCAUAUAUAUGUAUGUGAAUAUGUGAAUGCUGGUAGUGGAAUCAUAUGCAAACAGUAUCAUCCUUGUUAGAGUUAAGAAAGUUAGAAUUCGCUACAGAAAAUUAUGACACAAAUUAAGUGUCACCUUAAGUAAGUGUUAAGAUAGAUUUUUGGAAAACCUCCAAAAGCAGAUGUAUUUUGAACAGCAUCUUAAUAUACUGCAUGCAUUCUUUUGAAAGGACUUACCAAGUUUGAAAGAAAGAUGUUGAUAGAUUUAAUGCUUCCCUAACGAGCACCUCCCCCUCCAAUCAAAACACAAGUGUGCAGCCUGUUUGUUAGUCUAUUAGCUAGGUUCUUGUUAGCUGCAAGACCCUAAAAACCUAACAUAAUUGUUAAAAAAGAAAAAAGGAGGAAAUUUUUAUUUCUCAGGCAUUUGAUCAAGAAUCCAGGCUUCUUCUGUCUUCCCACCCUCUGCUCAGACUUCUGCACACCUUUGUUUAACUCGAUAGAAUUUGAUCGCGUCCCCAAGACUAAAUCGGUGGUAGUUCGCCCCCUGGGGCAGGGGCUGGAGCUCACUUCCUUGAAGUGUGCGGCGGGAGUGCACACAGCCAUAAACCCAAGCUCCUCUCAAGGCGGCAGGGGGUGGGCUUGGGGGAGGCAACCAGCAAGUCUGUGAUAAUUCAUACAGUUUUCCUAGUUAUAAUCAGAACUGGAAAACCUAGGUCAGACUCAAUGGACAGUAAAAAAUACCAUUAGUUGAAUAAUCUGUCUAUAAACAGGAAAGCAGGAAGAUUCAGGAGAGUUUCCUUUCACUUAGGAGUUAUGAUGAGCAGGGUGGCCCAGGACUCAGCUUCACACCACACAGUGUCGACGUGGUAGCUGCAGCCCAAAGAGUCUGCAAAACAGGACUUACCAGUCGCUACCCUUGGCCACAGAAGAAGUCAGUAACAACAAACCUAGGACAGAGCUCCUGUUCAGCGACGUGCCUUCCUGGUCGUGACAGUGCCCUGGCUAGGGUUUGCGCUGACUGUCCCAUAAAUGACUGCUGCUGAGCAUGCUCACGCCUCCUCCCAGGGCCACGUGUGAAUCAAGUUAGCCAACAGCUGCCAGGCACCUCUGGCCGGCCGGAGCGUGGCUGGAGCACUGCAGGUCCUGGAGUCACGCCCCAGUACUCGCCCGAGGCCCAGAGCUGCCUUAGCGCUGCUCCUCCUCCUGCCCUUCUCCCAACCCACGCCCCCCACGGUUGUGAAACUCUACACUCUGAAGUGACUGAAAAUCACCCCCCUUCCAUCACUGCCGUGUCCCCCGCCGGGUCCUCACUUCUCUCACAUCAGUUUCGGUGGUUGCUUUCUUCAGUGUUUUCAUCUGUUGACUGUUCUGUUGAACGUACGUGUUGUGCGUCUACCAAGUGCCAGGCCCUGUGUGAGAGGCAGAGUGUGGACCCGUGGGCAGAAUGGGCAGGGCCCUUGUCUUCCCGGAGCCCUCCUGUGUCGGGGGCUGGCUUUAAGUAACUGUACCCCUAUAAAUGAUGGCCAGUGCUUCGAAGGAUGAGCCAGGGAGAAAACCCAGUGGACCUACUUUUCUUGGCCUCAAGCCUCAUCUUCGCCAUGAGACUGAAGAUGUAACCAUGUCAGAAGCAUAACUCGGUUACAUGGCUCCCUGCCUCAGGACCCCUCAGUCCUUCUUGGCUGCCUUUUGAGUUAAUACAAACCCUUCUGCCUACUCUUGAGGUUCCAGGCUCUCCAGAAUAUAAUACUCUGCUAUUUCCUGAGGUUUAGUGGAUUCCAGGCACAUUAUUAAUACCUCUCAUGCCAGCAGCACUGCUCACUGCCCACCCCACUCCUCCUCUCCCUUCUAAUCCGGGCCGCACUAGGGGCCCUCCUGUGUGCACUCGUGAGAUCUUGUGCACAUUCCUGUCACUUCCCUCCUCCCACCACCAAGGCUCCUUCCCGCCCCUUCUCCUCCAUGCUCCCCUGAGGCCUGCACCAGGACAGCCUCUGCCCCUCUACUGUCCAACUCCCCCUCCACCUCACGCGGGCAGCCACUCCACUGGAGCCUGUAUGACUGUGCACCAGCCGUCGUGCCAAAUAGUCAGGACGGUAACUUUUGAACCAACUUCCUGCUCUCAUUAAGGACUCAUCAGGAUCCAUCACAUCAAGUGUCACAUGAAUGUUUACUUCAGUCACGACAGAAACCUGCACAUCCCCUAAUCCGAUUCCCUGCUGCUCACAGUUUUUUUACUGACCUUCCCCCAUGGUUCAUAGAACUCCUCUCUACUCCCAGCCUCUCCUCCAGAUGCAUUUUGAGUUUCUUUCCUUAACCACAAACUGACUUGUCCCAGAGAAAGAGUCCCUGCGGCCUCCUACCUCUAAUCCCUGAUGCCUGGGAGCCGGAGGGACGGUCGGCACCUCUGCCCAUGAAAAACUCCUGGAAGCUAUGCCCUCAGGAUGCACUGUGCCUUGCGCCUGUGUUGUUGACCCCACGUCCCUGCUCCUCCUGAUUACUGAAAACUUGACCCACUCUCACAAAAGUCAUCUCCACUCGACUCCUACCAUCACCCUUUGUGACUUCAGUAUCAUGUAGGUAAUCAUCCGAUGAGGCUGUUUUGCUUUGCACAAAUUUUAGCCACUACAGUUCAGCUGGAUUACACCAGUCCCCAACAACAUGGUCCAGAUUUAAUUACCACAGUACCUUAGCUGAGGAGUUGCAUGCAGGGCAAACUUCACAGCUGCGUCUUCAGUCCCCAGGUCCCUGCGUGAAUAACAGACGGGCGUCAGGACUGUCUUUCAGUCUGCAGUUACUGUCACCACACGCCUGCUACUUAGCCCUUCAGGUCAGAAGACAGCAGAGCACGUGAUUGUGUUGCCUCCUUGUCUCCCAGGGACAAACCCACAACAUGUUGUACAAAAUAGGCCAUCCAAAGAGGAAACUGGCCCGAAAAGACGAAAGUGCAUCUAAGAAAUAAGAAGUGAUGAUGCCAGAAAUGAAACUGGAUGUGACUAGGAAAUCUGAGAAUGACAACAGAAAAGCCACGACAGGACGGGAGCUAAGCCUGCAGGAGCGUCCUGCAGGCACCAUGAGGGGAGAGUCUGACAAGUUGGAAACAAGGUGAGGUUGAGGCAACUUCUUUUAGUUUAAAUUACUCUGGGAACAGGAAGCUGCAUAUGGUUGAGAAAGCCUUUCUUGGCUUUGGAGAGAAGACUGUGCUGUAUCCGCUGUUCCGCAUCUGCAGACUCAGCCAACCACGGGAGGCGUAGCACUGUAGUACGUACUCCUUGAAAAACCCGUGUGGAAGUGGACCCAAACAGUUCAAACCUGUGUUGUUCAAGCAUCAACUGAAAUAAUGGGAAUAAUAAUAAAUAAAAAACUCAGUCAGUCUGAGGCCAGAUCAAUUCAGGCCAGUGCUGAAGUUAGUUGCUAUGUUGAUUACAAAGGACUGAAAAACAACCAUUUUCUGCCACAGAGGCUGGUCCCGCCACUUUAGGUGCAGACAUGAACUGCUGCAUGCUGGGCUUGCCGGCUGUGCUGCUGUGACGUGCACACCCUGAUGCCACAGGUCGCUUAUGACGGCCAGUGGUGUGGCAAAGGAAUGAAGAUGUCCUGGGAAGCAAGACUGAGGCGACUUCACGGCAAGGAAACUCGUGGGGAUGUUUUACAGCACUGAAAAUGAAAACGGUAAGAUGCUGGAAGCCAACCCAAACUGGAAAAGAAGCAUGACAGUUUAUCAGGGCUCAGAAAAGAUAGGUCACAGGAUGAGAAGAAGGCAAGCACAAUUCAGACUUCUGUUGGUAAAGUUUUUACAAAGAGUCUCAAUGUUUCUCCUGUUUUAAGUUACA